AUGGUCCCUAAGACCAGCCAGGGCCGACAGUCAAGUCUGGGCUACUUUGUGCUGCAGCUACUUCAAAUGAAGCCUGCGGAAGUGCUGAUUGAAUCCACUCGUGUGCUUGGCCAAAGGAUAAAAAAUGAAGCACUUCUAAAAUCUCUUCCAAAACUGGUUAAUUCACUAUCAGCAUCAACUGAGGGGGCAAAUGAUGCAGCAGUGGCAAUCACAACAACCGACCUUGUUAGCAAGAGUGUGGCAAUUCAGUGUCAGGUAAUAACAACUGAUGCAAUGGUUAGCAGUGAUGUUUGGAGAAAAAUGGUUCAAGUUGCUGUCAACCGAAGCUUCAACCAAAUAACAAGGGCAUUUGCGAUUGCUUCUUGUGAAACUAUGGACAAUUGGGGGUGGAUCCUAUUUUAG